GCACUGUCUUGCUUCUCUUCUUGUUUCUUUCUCUUUCCCUUGAAUCCCGUUCGUUCGCCAUGCCGCCGCUUAAGCAGCAGCUACCAUGGACAGAGGCGCCGCUGCUGAUCAACGCGCCGAUGGCUGGGUUCGCGGGGGGCAAACUGGCGAGUGGAGUGACGCUUGCGGGGGGUCUGGGUAUGAUUGGCGGGGUGGCUAACAUGGAGGAUGUGGCGGGGGAGCUUGAGAUUGCUGUUGCGGGGCUCGAGGGGACGGCGCUGGCUGCCGCGGGAAUGCUGCCGGUGGGUGUUGGAUUUCUGCUGUUCAUCACGAGGCUGGAUGAGGUGGUGCCGCUGGUCAAGCGGUACAGGCCUGCGGUUGUGUGGCUGUUUGCGGCUGCUGCGCUGGAGGAUUAUGCAGGGUGGACGCGGGCGCUGCGUGAGGCUUCGCCGGGGAGUAGUAUCUGGAUCCAGCUGGGGGGUGUGGCGGCGGCGCUGCAAGUUGCGACGACGGCGAGGCCCGAUGUGCUUUGUCUGCAGGGUGCGGAUGCCGGGGGCCAUGGAUUCGAAAAAGGCGCUUCUAUUGUCUCGCUGCUGCCUGAAGCUUCGGAUGCUCUCGCUGCAGCGGGUUUCACGGAUAUCCCGCUUGUGGCUUCGGGUGGUAUCGCAGAUGGACGCGGUGUUGCAGCUGCUCUCGCCUUGGGCGCUCAGGGCGUCGUCAUGGGAACGCGGUUCCUGGCCUCUCGCGAGGUCAAAGUGCAUCCAGUCUAUCAAGCCGCAGUUCUUGAAGCCACAGACGGCGGACAGGUGACUACGCGGUCGAGGCUGUUUGAUCAAUUGCGCGGCCCCAGUAUCUGGCCGGAGCUGUACGAUGGACGUGGUCUUGUUGCGCAGAGCCACGCGGAUUUCUCAAACGGAGUGAGUUUGGAGGAGAUUCAGCGGUUGCACAAUGAAGAGGCGGCUGGCGAAGGCCAGGGCUUCAAGACUGGCUUGCAGGGGCGUGCGGCAAUCUGGGCGGGCACGGGCGUGGGGUUGGUGAAGGAGGUUGAAAGUGCAAAGGAUAUCGUGGAGAAGAUACGUGCAGAGGCGAGGGAUAUUCUGCUUCGGGUGUCGAAAUUGUAGGAUAAGCAGGGUUAGGUUCCGUUUCUGGUUACAUGACCUUGAUCUUGGUAUUCCAUGUCUGGCUACAAAAGAGCGAUGAUACUUGCUCCAUCUCCACCACAAUCUGCAUGAAGCAGUGAAGUCUUCAU